AUGCUAACACAAACUCCUCGCCUCCAGCUAUGUUUGGCGCAUUAUUGCGACCUUCACGGGCCUACCCCCUUGAUGGUCACCGAAGGAGUCCCUGUUCCAUGCAGGACAUGUUAUGAGGAGGGCCUGCAACACGACCACAGCCAUGUUACCGACCAGCCGGCUCCGAGUGCCACCGCAGCUAAUGCCUCGGCCCAUGCCGUGGCGGCUGCCGCCGAAGCGCUACGCCGAAUGGACCUCGCCGGUGGUGGUGCUCUAAGGAGCUCUUCCGCGCCUGUAUCUGAGGAGCAAGCUCAGAAUUAUCGCGCCUCCCUUCGCCGCGUCUCCCAGACUGUUGGCACUUCCUCGGCCGUUGAGACUCCUCCACAGAGUCCGCAGAUUCCACCCGGGCCCCCAUUAUCGCAACAGGAGAAGCGACGCAGCGAUUCAGGAUUCCGCAGGACCUAUGACGACUACGUCACUCGCCGAGCCGGUCCGUGCGAUAAUUGCGCCUUGACGCUGCCCAAACGGCAAGAGAGCAGCAAGGACGCAAAUCCAGAACCAAGACCGGAGCAGGGACCUACAUUACGGACACGUGCUCCCUUUGCCCGCGUGUUAUCCGGAGGAAUGGACGAACCAUCAACGCCAACUUCACAAACAUCUUCGUCAAUUCCAUCCGAGGAUGAGUCGAUGACCAAGUCCCGUCCCUCACAUCGUCGUGCUGGGACCACGGCCUCCUUGGCAUCACGCUCUAGCAGCAGCUCCGCCCAAGGGGUUACGGCACAUACGCAUUAUCUUGACUAUACCUCAACGCACGAGCCCGUUGCGGCCAGUUCGUUUUCCAUCGUUCGCGCAUCCUGUCUGCGGACGCUCUCUCUCGAAACUCUCCCUCGCCCUCCAGCUACGGGCUAUCCUUCCUCAGGUGCCAACCCGGCGAUUACGCCGAGCGCUUCACCCAGCACCCCGGCAUUUGUCACAACGCACAGUGUCGGCGCUGCAGCAUCCGGUGGGCCAAUAUUCUUUGGCGACCCUUCUGCCGGCUACACCACUGCCUAUAUAUUCCGAAUUCCCGAUGUCCAUGCCCGAGGCCACAAGCGCGUGUAUGCUUUCCUAGCUCUCAGCACCCACCGUGAGCGUCUUGCCAUGAAGACGUUUGGAUUCGUCGCUGCUGCGUUCCGUGACAUGGCAACCUGGAUUCAGACACUGGCCGAACAAGAAGCCGAAAGGUCCCUCCAGGAGUCAUCAGCAAACAGCCCCGUUAUGCCCGGCGGCCCUGGCUAUGGAAGCCUGCACUCGGAACCAGCAGCACCCGCCAGUCACAUCCCCACGGCCGGCGGACCGGGCGGCGGUAGCAGCUUCCUCAUGGGCGGGGGCGGUCUGUCCAGGAGGAUGGGCAGCGGCUUUUCCGCCUCCGGAGUCGCGCUGAAGCAGCGAGGCUUGGCCGAGUUGGUUGGUCUCCCUGACUUCUUUAUUGAGCUCCAUGCUAGGUUCGUGAAGCUCUUGCUUGAGCUGCGUGUCGUUCUGGGGUCAUAA